AGGGGAAAAGAAGGGUCGAGAGGACUCUGAGCCUUCACGGGGGGACUGCUGGGGCUGCAGUCCUGGUCGUGGGCCAAAACAACUGGGAGCAGGUCUUCAGACCCAGCCCAGCAGCUCCCUCCACAGCCCAACUGUCAACCUUAGAGCGCAGACGAGCGACAGAAGCCCGACGCUCUCCCCUCCCACGCUCGGUCAGGUCGCGACUGCAGACUCCCCGCCGUCCGCGCGAUUCCCGGCGCUCGCCGUCACCGUCGCCGUCGCCGCCUUCCCGGCAGCGGGCAGCGGCUGCCACCCGCCCUCCCCACCUCCCCCUCCCCCUCCCCGGUCCGGCGCCUGCGCGCCUCCCGGCCGCCUCCUGCAAGCCGCGGCCGGGUCUCCAGCUGGCCAGGGCACCAGGCCAAGGCUCCAGCCGGUCAGCCGCGGCCAGGUGCCCAGGUCUCCAGGCGAGAGGGUCACGGCCGCCCCGCUGUCGCCGACGCCCGGCCGCCCCUUGCCCCCCUCUUCUGCCGCUAAGAGUCAGAGUUCAAGCUUCAAAGUCCUCAUUUUGCUUGUGGCUUCGUCCUGAGUGGAUAACAUUGGCUACAGCAAAACAAUUGGCAACAAAACCCAACUUAGAGGCGGCUAGCAUUUUGGGCCGACCUCACCCUUCACAUCGCCUCAUUCCUCACCUUGACUGCAUGGUGGCACCUCCAGAUUGAAGCAGAGCUGAUGGUGCCAGUUCCCUGAGUCUGCUUGUUGCUCCCUGACGGUUUCAUCCACACCUGUGGUGGACCAAGCAUUGCCCACAGACCCAAGCCCCGAGCCCCAAGAUACAGCAGUGAUGGACAUUGAGCGAUGCAGGAUAUGGUGGCCACGCCAGGAGCUGCAGCUCAAGCACAAGCCUUUCUCACCGAGGUUCAUCCUGUUCGGAUGGUUCUUCAGCAGUGCUGGUUCUAUCGACAUCGUCAUCUCUGCAGUUGUGCCCCAAGAUCACAUCCUGCGCUCUUUUGCAACACUUGACACCCUCCAGACCAUCGUCCUUUCCUCAAAUAAAAGGAUGCCAGUAAGCCUACAAGAAUCUGCUGCAUUUAUCAUUCUCGGGGAUUGUGGCCAACACCCCCCUAAAGAGUUAGAAGAAUACUGCUUUAAUAAAUUAGAGCAGCUGCCCUUGGAUGCAAAAUUUGUUCAGAAAGAACAUUUUGGCACAAGAAGAAACAAUGCCAUGAUUGGAUCAGUUGGGAAUGGGGAUCAGGGUCCAAGUUAUGAGCAUAGAAGAUGGGGAUGCGAUUGUUGUGUGUUAGAUGGUUUUCUGGAUGCUUGCAGAAAGUCUGCAGUCAAAGAGGGCAGUUGGGUGCACUUGUGUUGGAAGUUUGGAAAAAACUUCAAGAGCAACCUGAAUCAAGUUCCAGUUCUUCACCAUUUGUAUCUUGAUGGCCAACAGAUUGAAAACAAUCGUUGCCACGUCAUACUAUAUGAGGUUCCGACAAUUGGCAGAAACCAUUUUUCACUGGGUUUGGAUGCACCUCGUAAGUUGAAUGUUUCUUUCAAAAAGCCAAAUUGGAUAAAUGAUCUACAAAAGCAACCAGCAUUUCUUGAUUUGGAUUCAAUUGUUUUGGCGCUUAAUUGUUCAAAUGCAGCUAGACUGCCAGACACUCAGGAAUGUUCUACCACAAGCUCUGGGGCUUAUUUCAUCUUUGCAUCUGUAUAUGAUGUCUUAGUUCAAGUAACAUGGCACUGCGUGGGGAUAUUUUUGGCUUCAGCAUCAACUAUUCUCUACAUCGUGAUUCUAAUAUUCCGGAAAUGUUUAAGCCAUAUGCCCCAGUACUUGAUGCUUAAUAAGGUUUUCAGACAUUCAUGGAAUAACAUUCAUCUUCGCAGCUGUCAAAUUCUCUACUGGCCAAUUGUCCUCCAAGAUGCUUCCCUAAGCUCCACUGUGAAUGUCGAAUAUGCACACAAAGCUGCAAUUCGGAAGCAUGCAUUGUGGUCAAGUGUCAUUGUGGAUCUCCUGAUGGGUUUUGUCCUUGGAGCAGCAUUCUUGUUAAAUACAGAGACUAUUUGUAUUUGGACUAUUGCUCUCGUCCACCACAUGACAGAAGCAAUCUUGAGAUCCGGUUGUGUGUGGCUGAUGGGUGUUCCAGCUGGUUUUAAGCUGAAUACAGAGUUAGCAGAGCUCUUAGGCAUGAUUUCUCUUAAUGCAGUUCAAAUUUACUCUACCCUUUGGUUCUUCGUGGGAGGCUACCUCAGGCAUAUAAUUCAAGGCAUUGCAGUCUCUGGAAUUAUUUUAGGUCUGACAGCUCCAGUUUCAUUCUUUAUUGACAUUAUCCAACUUGCUACGUUGCAUGUUACCAUGCUUCACUGGUUAAUCUCAUCAUUAUAUUCAAGACAGAUUCAGACAGUAGCAUCAUUGUGGCGUCUUUUCAGAGGGCGCAAAUGGAAUCCUCUUAGGCAGAGGUUAGAUAGUUAUGACUACACAGUUGAACAGCACGUGGUUGGUUCCCUGCUGUUUACACCAGUCCUACUUCUUAUACCUACAACUUCUGUAUUCUAUGUAUUCUUCUCUAUCUUGACAACAACGGUUAUCUGGGUGUGUGUGAUGCUGGAAAUUGUCAUCGCUGUAAUCCAAUCCACUCCUUAUGCUGAGUUAACUCUAUGGGUGAUGAGGAGACACAGAUUUCCUGCUGGAUUAUUUUUCCUUCAUGUGCCUUCAAGUGGACAUACUUCUGAAGGUGGCGACCUAUCAGCCCAUCCAAUUGGAUGUUGCAAUGAAAGGAGAAAGGAGGAUCUAAUCGACAAACUGUCAGAAUCAUUAGUUUCAGAACUUCACUGCAGCUAUGCCACUCUUGUUCAAGUAAUCAGAUCAAAUUACGAGAGAGUUUUCAACAGGACUGGUUACUCUUUUUGCAAACAAUUGGCAUAUGGGAUCCUUAGCGGUGAAAGGGUGCCUUCAUCGCUGCAUCUGCAGCCGUCUCCCUCAUUUACCUGGAUGAACAUUGGUAUUAUAGAGUAUUGGAUGCACUGCUAUGUUUGUGUCCUUCAGUGUGCACCAAAGAGAGGUCCAUGACGAUUGCAUUUGAAUGAACCUUGGUUCAUUUCUGCGGUUUUGGUUUCACUAGAGGUUUUCUUUUAUAGUGGUGGUUAACUGUUCUGGAGGCAAGGGAGGGUCAUCUUUACACUCAUGGAGCCUUUUUCAUUUUAACAGUAGCGGUACAAGAUUUUAAGUCAGCUGUAAUUUUAUAGUUAUAUGGGAUUUGCACGAUUAGCUGUGUUUUCAUGAAAGAAACUGAAUAUCAGCUAGAUUGACGUGUGAGAGAAAACAACUCAUGCUCUGCUACAAAGAUGCUUCACUCAAACCUCAUUGUUGAUUCACUCUAAUAGCUUUUUGCAGAUGUCGGGUA